CCACAAAACAAUACCGCCGCCGGCAAGGCUCACCAAAUCGCCAACCCGAGGUAUUACAGAUGAAGUCGCCUGUCUCCUACACAAUCGACGACAAGGACUUCGACGAUGCCGCACUCUGGGCAGUGAUCGACUCCGCCGAAGCCUCCCACUCCCCUUCCGCAUCCCGCAAGCAGCUCACCACCGUCAAACAACGCAGCUUCCACUCCCCGAUCUCAAAGCGCUCGCCGCCGCCGCCUUCGAAGACCCCACAGAGUUCCAAGUGCAACUCCAAUGCCGUUUCCCCUUACUCGGAUCCCUAUCGCAGCAGGCCUCAGAAGAUGGCCAGAACCUGUGCCUCCGAGGCGAGCGAGGGUACGAGUCCGCUCGCUGUGGUCAGGACGCCGAUUGCUACCACGAUGGCGUACUCCUCUCCGGAGGCGUACUUGUCGCCUCAGAUCGGAAGGUAUGUCGUGAAUGAUUUUGGUGAUGACAGAUCUGACGUGUCCCCGGGGAGCUACUUCCGGCAGCAGCACGGCGAGGAGAAGGAUCUUGUGCGGCAUUGCUUGAAUUUGAAGUUCCCUUCGGUUUCGCUGUUCAAGGACUACCAGAAUGCGGCAAUGGCGAUUCUGGAGAAGUCUGAUUACAUGACGAUUUCAGGACACCCGUUCAUUAAGAAGUCAGGUUGGAGGAAGAUAUCGUGUUUCUUCAAUCUGUCAUUCGAAAUCAAAGAUAAGAGCAUAGAAUUCGACGAAAAUCGAAAUGUCCAGCGAGCUGAGUUUGUCGUUCGAGCUCAUAUGCAGGGUGGAAGGUUCUCUGAUGGAUGGGGCUCAUGUGAGAAGCGUGAGAAGCGGUUCUUCAAACCAAACCAUGACAUCCCUAGCACAGCAGAAACUCGGGCAAAGAACAAAGCUUGCCAGGACCUGCUUGGAAUUGGAGAGUAUCGUCCCGGGGCAGGCCAAUCUCUCCAACAGCAAACUUAGUCACCUUUUCUCAACGACUGGUCAACAAAGUUACUUCAAUCAUCCUGUAACGUGGAACAUUGUUCUUGAGUUUCUUUAACAGAGAGCAGUAACACAAAAGAUCCAAAAAGAGAGGAGGUUUUGAUACGUCUACAACUUGUAUACGUUUAAGUGGCUCCUCGAGUAAGGAGUAACAGCAACUCUUGUUGCUAACAGAAUGAAUACAUGUAGUAAAUUUUGUACGAUGGGGUGUCGGGAAAAAGAGAAAGUGAAGAUGAAAGGUGCAAAAGCCGGCACCUGAAAAAGGACACUAAAGUUAAAGUGGGAGUAUGUAUGCAGCGGAAGGCAAAGGCAGAAGGGCAUAUCUUUGGUUGGGUCUUUUGUCAGACAGAUCAUGCGGACAAGGUCAGUGCUCUUGUGCAGAAGUUACCUUACCUGCCAGUUGCCAUUAGCAUUGUCUGUAUAACAAUGAACAAGUAUCCAUCACAUGCAUCUAACUUGCUCGAGUCACUAUGUUUUACAAGUUUAGGAUAAUUCCCUAAAUACACAUAAAAUUAAAACAAAUUCCUAAACUACCACAUUUAUAAAAAAAUUUCCCAACAUACCUAAGUUUGGAGUGGUUCGAGUUUGAGAAACUCGAACUACUAACCGGUUCAAGUGUAGGAGACUUGAUCUAGUCGUAGAUCGAUGAUAUAAGCCUCGAACCAUGUGGGGCUGAAGUGGUUCGAGUUCAGUGAACUUGAACCACUACUUUGAAAUUUCCAACCACCUUAACUUUGUGUUCGGUUAUCCGAUCGUAGCAAACUUUUUUUUCAUUUGGCAUAACUUUUCGAGGACUACAACUUUUAUAAUAGAAAUAUUUUCAGAAUAUAUGUGAAAAUGUGAAAAUUAAAGUUAAAGUUACUCCCAAAACCCCUUAUAUUAAAAACUAUUCCUAUUUUGAAAAUUUAUUCCUAGUAAAUGUUGUAGUACUCAAAAUUAUGCAAAAUAAAAAAAAAAACUUUGCGACGUUCGGAUUGCGGAGCACAAAGUUAUGAUCCUCCAAAGUUUGACAAAUUCGAAAAUUUGCUCGUUUAUGGGUAGCCAAUGACGUUUUCAAGGAAGAUAGCCAUCCAAAAAUUUCUCGUUUGCAAAACUAUUGUUCUUUUGGCAGAAAUUUCUUAUAUAUAAAACAAUUUCCUGUGCCUUCGCCCCGAGAAAAUGUCAUUUGUUACCCCUAAAGGAGCAAUUUUUCGAUUUUGCCAAACUUUAGAGAAUCAUAACUUAUUGCUCCGUAAUCCAAACGUCGCAAUGUUUUUUUUUUUUUACUAGGAAUAAAUUUUCAAAAUAGGA